UUACAUUGACGCGCGUUCACGUGUGCGGGAUGCGCGUUCACUCGUCGUCCAUCAAACUGUCUCAACUUGUUCACACCUUCAUCAGAACUUUGUUGUGGUGAAAUCCACAUUUACACGGAUUUACUGCACAACUACUGAAAGAUGUGGAAGUCAGUCGUGGGCCACAAUGUGAGCAUGAAGGUGGCUGCAGAGGGGGACGACUGGGAGACAGACCCUGACUUUGAGAAUGACGUGUCAGAGCAGGAGCAGAGGUGGGGGGCCAAAACCAUCGAGGGCUCGGGACGUAAAGAACACAUCAGCGUUGCAGAGCUCAGAAACAAAGUGGCUGUGGAACAUGAGCAGGUGAAGCAGAAGGAGCACGUUCCCAAAGCGUCGUACGGAUAUGGAGGGAAGUUCGGAGUGGAGAAGGACCGGAUGGACAAGGUUGCUCUUGGUCACGACUACGUGGCUCAGGUUGAGCAGCACUCCUCCCAGAAAGAUGCAACAAAAGGAUUCGGAGGGAAGUACGGUGUUCAGAAAGACCGAGUUGAUAAGUCUGCUAUGGGCUUUGAAUACAAAGGGGAAGUGGAGCAACAUGGAUCCCAGAAAGACUACUCAAAGGGAUUUGGAGGGAAGUACGGCGUCGAGAAGGAGAAAGUGGACAAAGCAGCUCUGGGCUACGAUUAUAAAGGCGAGACAGAGAAGCAUCAGUCCCAAAAAGACUACGCAAAGGGGUUUGGAGGGAAGUAUGGAGUGGAGACGGAGAAGGUGGACAAAGCAGCUCUGGGCUACGAUUAUAAAGGAGAAACAGAGAAGCAUCAGUCACAGAGAGAUUACUCAAAGGGUUUUGGAGGAAAGUUUGGCGUUGAGAAGGAGAAGGUAGAUAAAGCUGCUCUGGGCUACGAUUAUAAAAGUGAGACGGAGAAACAUCAGUCGCAAAAAGAUUAUUCUGCAGGCUUCGGUGGUCGUUAUGGAGUCCAGGCAGACCGUAUGGACAAGAGUGCAGCAGGAUUCUCAGACAUUGACUCUCCCAGCUCUGCUUAUGAAAAGACGCAGCCAAUAGAGGCCUCCAGUGCAGGAGCAGGGAAACUGAAGGCCCGUUUUGAGAACAUGGCCAAGGCUUCGGAUGAGGAGAACAGGAAGAAGGCAGAAGAAGAAAGAGCGAGAAGACAAGCCAGAGAGAGCAGAGAGAGAGAGGAGGCCAGACGCAGACAGCAGGAGCAGAUCAGCAGAGAGGAGGAGAAUCGGCCUCCACCUGUUCCAGAUGUGGCUCCAGAGUACGACAUGCCUCCACCAGAAAUCCACCAACACAUGCCAGAGAUACAAGAAACUCCAGAACCAGAACCAGAGCCAGAGGAGGAACCAGAAUACGACGAGCCCCCAGCGUUGCCUCCACGCUCAGAUGAUUUUGACGCUCCGCCUCUUCCUGUGAGGUCAGCAGAAGUGGAGGAGGACGACGGAGAUUACGAGGAACUGGCCGAACCGCCUCCUCCCGUGCCGACAGAUGGGGACAACGACUAUGAAGACCUGACGUGUGGCCUGAAGGCUAGAGCCAUUUAUGACUACCAGGGAGAGGCGGAUGACGAGAUCUCCUUCAAUCCGGACGACGUCAUCACCAACAUAGAGAUGAUUGACGAGGGCUGGUGGAAGGGACAGUGUCACGGAUGCAUCGGUCUGUUUCCGGCCGCUUACGUCGAGCUGAUGUAGCGAACACGAGCUCCACUUAAACUCAGGUUUCAGCAGAACAAAUGAAUUGAUUUCUGUAUUUAUAGGAUGAAUCUUAGCAAGUUUUUUGAUCAGCUGAUUUCAGUCAUUUUAGGAUGUCAGGAUUGAUGUAUAAAGUAUCUAAAGGUAGUGAGAGGAAAAAACUCGUAUUAAUGAUGAGAAUUUUAGCUACGAUGAACAGAUUAGAGAUAAUAAAAUAUAUUUAAAGGAAAAGUUCUGUUUGUACACCAUUUAUUUUAAAGAGAUCAUUUCUUAUCAGUGUCAAUUAACAAUAGAGUUAAGCUUUUUAACCCUCAUGUCGUCCUGCGGGUCAAAAUUGACCCGUUUUAAAGUUUGAAAAUGUGGAAAAAAAUAUAUAUUUUCACAGUGAAA